UGCUUUAUUCCAGACUAACCACUCUUUGAUAAUAGAGCUGUUUGACUAAAUCAUAUUCUUUCCACGCAAGUAGCAGCAGGAGUGUGGAAGUCUGCCUAGAAUAUACUUGGAAAAGUAAGAUUUUUGUGAAAUUUGGAGAGCUAGAGGAGAGCGUAACAUAUCAGCCAUCAUGAAUGAAAAGAACAGGAAAAAGCUGCUGGAGAUCAUGAAACAACCAGGCAACGAUGUCUGUGCGGACUGUAAUGCUCCGUUGGGUAAGGAACAUAAGACGACGCGAGAGGAUUCGGACUGGGGAGCUUACAACCUAGGUGUCUUCUUGUGUGUUCACUGUGCCACCGUCCAUCGUAUGCUGGGCGUCCAGAUCAGUAGGACCAAGAGUAUUCCGCUUGACCAGUGGACCGACGAACAGGUCGCGUUCAUGGAAGCACAUGGCAACCUGAAGGCCAAAGAAAAGUAUGAGCAAUAUGUUCCAAAGUUCUACAGAAGACCAACAGAGAAAGAUUGCCAGGUUCUACGAGAGCAGUGGAUACGUGCAAAGUAUGAGCGCCAUGAGUUCAUGGACCUGGACAAGCAGACGUAUCGGUCGGGCAAGAAGACGGGCUAUCUGUGGAAGAAAGGCAGGGAUGAUAACAGGUUCCAGCAUAGACUCUUUGUCCUGUCAGAAGAUGAUAACACACUCAAGUAUUAUAACAAAGAAAAUGCAAAAGAGCCCAAGGCAACAAUACUAUUGUCUGAGUUGAAUGCUGUAUUCACCCCAGAGAAGAUCGGCAAUCCUAACGGCCUCCAGUUGAGCUAUAUCAAGGAGAAUAUGACUAGGAAUAUCUACCUCUAUACCAAUGAUGGAAAAGAUAUAGUAGACUGGUACAUGGCAAUCCGUCAUGCAAAGUUCAACAGACUCAAAGUGGCAUACCCAGGGGCAAGUGAUGAAGAUCUGGCCCUACAAUUAACACGAGACUUCUUGAAGGAGGGAUGGUUGGCCAAGACUGGGCCCAAGGGAAACGAGGCCUACAGGCGACGCUGGUUCUCACUCGAUGGCCGCUUAUUAAGUUAUUACUCAGAUCCACUCGAUGCCUUCCCCAAGGGAGAGGUGGUGCUCGGGACGAGAUCAGAUGGCUUCACAGUGAGGGAGGGUGUACCCCCAGGCCGUCUGGACCAGCUGUACAGCUUCACCCAGGUGACACCAACGCGCCAGUACUACCUGAGCGCAGACCUACAGGAGGAGAGGAGGCAGUGGAUGGAGGUCCUCAUGAAGGUCAUCGACACGCCCCAGUCCAGGCAGGAUAAGAUGCUCAUGAGCUUGGUCAACAAGGAGAAGUAGGAGGAUGAAGGAUGGGGAGGAGUGGGAGAUUGGUGGAAGGAGAGAGGGGUAUGGGUCGAAGGUGAUUGUGGGACAAGUGGAAGAGGGGCAUACGAUUGAUAGAAGUGGAGAGGGAUUAGUAGAAGAGGAGAGGGAUUGAUAGAAUAAGUGAGGGGAGUUGGUGGAAGAAGAGAGGGGUAUGGGUGGAAGAGGGGCAUGAGAAAGAUAUAAGAGGAGAGGGAUUAGUAGGAGAGGAGAGGGAUUAGUAGGAGAGGAGAGGGAUUAGUAGAAGAGGAGAGGGGGAUUAGUAGAAGAGAAUAGGGGAGUUGGUGGAAGAGAAGCAGGGGAUUGGUGGAAGAGGAAAAGGGGAAUUCUGAAAGCGAAGAAAAGAAAGAGUUAAGCUAGAUAAGCCCUGUAUCAGGGGGUUGAAGAUACAUGUAAAGAUGAUAGGGGUGAUACAGAUGAAUGAGGGGCAAAUUAUUGUGAUUGUAAAAAGAGAAAAUUAAUUGAAAAUGGAAUAAGAACAUAAAAUGGGGUGAAGGUGAGGUGCUUGAAACCUUUGAAUUAGAAAGCCCUAUUGGUUGGUAGAAUUUACAUGUAUAUUAUAUAACGUAUGUACAUACAGCAGUGCCAAUGAAAUAUGAUGUAACCAUUAUAAAUUUUCACAAGGAAAUGUUGACAUUCAGAUCUGAAGGAAAAAAAUCAAAUAUUCAAAAUCUAUAAAGGACUAUUUAAAUCUUCUCUGUCUUGUGUUUAUGAUUAUAUAUUUUACAGAUGAAUUUGUUAUAUUUUUGUUUUCAAACAGCAUAGAGAAUAUAGAUUAUAUAUUUAUAUAGUUGAACUCGAGUGUUGUUCCUGGUAAAAGAAAGGCCACUAUAUUUUUUACAUAGCGCUCAUCCCGCAUCCAGCUAAAGAAAUUAUCACAAUUGUCAUUUCUCUACUAAAUUGGUUGGGAAAUUAGAAAGAAGAACCAUUUCUUGAAAAUUUUGAAUAAAUAUGCUUUAAUUAUCUGAAUAAUGGUUGAAGUCAAAUAUCAAAAUCAAAAUCAAGUAGAAGUUUUGUGCAUAAAGACAAUUUGAUUUUGUGAGUUCUUUGAAAGAGAAGAUAACUACCGGUUUUACAUUUGAAGAGUUUAAAUUUGAGUGCCAAAGUAAUACCACCAAAUUGAAUAAAAUUUGCAUAAAUUAUUCAUGAUGGGUUUCAUUCCAGCCUAAACUUAAUGCUUUUGAUUAUGACCUGCAUGCAAACAAAUUGCACUUUUGUAAAUUCUGUACCCAAAGUGUUGUUAACAGACCUGACUAAUGUGAGAGCUAGAAACAGAGUAAACAUGCACAGUACAUGCCAUUAUGGGCCGCUUACAGAAGAGAACCUCCUGUUUAGAUGUAAUUUUAUAAGCAUGGCAUUGCAUCACUUCACACUCACUAUCAUAGUUAAGAAUUUUUAUCCUAUGUGUAGUUAUAGGCAUUGAAUCUUUCCUGAAAUUAUGUUUCUUCUACUGCAAGUCAUGUAAUGUUGUAAAUUGUGUCUAGAAUAUCUGGAAAAUGGUGUAUAUGUAUUUGACUUAUGUGCCAUUAAGAAUCAUGGCAUGUCUUUGUACAAGUAAAUGUGUGUUUUAUCUUUUUUGUCAGGGGAAAAGAUUGUUAAAAUGAUUUAUUUGUUUACUUUUUCCCCUUUUUUUUCAGUGAGACCCUAGCGCCAUAGAUUUACAAAUUUAUCGCUAUAAAUUUCCAUGUAAUCAUGUGAGUCAGUGAACAAGAGGAAAUUGAUGAUGUGCAUGUAUAUUUUAAUAUCUCUUAAAAUUGUAUGCAUUUAUGUCUUUCAUUAAUCAGUUUAUUCUUGAUUGCAUUUUCUUUCAAUCAUUUUCUUUCAUGUGCUAUUGCUGUGUUUUGAUGUUUGUUAGUUUCAUGUAAUUAUAGAUGCUUUAAACCCUUACUUAAGACUCGUUAAUGUCGUUAAAGAUGUCAUCUGAACUUUGAUCAAACAUUUCCAGGAGCUUCCAAAUUUCAUAUUAUAUUCUAGAAUAGAUUUAAAAUCAUUCCAUAAUUUUAAUCUUUCUUUCGAAGGAAAAGAGCGGACUCAAAUUUAUAGUCUUUCAAUGAAUUUUUCAAAUUAAUAUUUGUCUACUUUGAGAAUAACAAAUUCAUUGAUAUAUAACGCAUAUUUUGUUGAUUUUAAUCGUGCUCAUUUUAUAUACAUUCCUGGCUUGUUAUCUUCCAAAAAAUCAGAGUAUGCAAUCUGACAUUUUUGUUAACAUGUACUUGUGCCUUAAGAAAAUAAGCCUACAUUUUAUACCUUACAAAGCCUAGGGCAUUUGAAUUGUAGAUCAAUUUGGCUAAAUAAUCUCUCUGACAAAUCUACAACUGCCAAGUAGACUUCAUAGGCAAGAUGUUGAUAUGUAGAUAACGUUUUGUUUUGUUUUUGUAGUUUUUUACUUUUCAAUGAAAAAAAAAAGCUCUAUUUUAUAGAAAAGGCAGAAUCAUGAUGAAUAUAUUUGGAUUAUGUCUGUCUAGUACACUUCAGACUGGGAAGAUAUAAUUUUAUACAUAUAACUUUAUAUUUUUGUAAACUAUCAAUAUUUUUUUAUUUCCAUUUUCAAAUGACUUUGUCUUGGAGGAUACUCAGAAUCACUCUCGCCCAAUAUGAUUAUAUCAUCGCUCCAUUUAUACAAAAAUAGAAAAUUACUACUGAUAAUGAAGUGCUGAAUUUUCUUUAAGUGCAGAUGAUUAUGAACAUAAGUCUUGGGGCAAAAAUGUACUUAAUUCUGUCGAUUUAUGUAAACAAAAAAAUAGUGUUAGAACAAAAAAUGCAAUAACAUAUUUUGUGUGAAAUUUGGUGCAUUUGAUAAAGUUUUGUAUGCAUACAUAACAAAGGCUGGUGAAAAAUACUGCUUUUUUUCCUCUUUGGAUUGGCAAGCUGAAUUAAAAGAAUUCAUUGUAUUUGAUAGAAGACAACAGUGAAAUAUAACUUAUGUAGAAUGUAAUUAGGAUAUGCUGGGUUAAUCAGUGUAAAAAUUCUUAUAUUGUGUGUGUGUGUUUGUGUGUGUGAGUGUGUGUGUGUAGGUGGAGAGCAUUUUGUUUAAGACCAGGGUCAUAUAUGUUUUUCAGUCUUUUUACACAACUCUUGUAAAUUUAAUGUUCAGUAGAAAACCAGAUGAAAGGAGUUUACUUUUAUAUAGGUGCAUGAUAAAUUAAGAAGGUUUAUGAAUGCUACUUCCAAUUAGAAUUGAACAAAUCCAACUCAUUUUGUCUCAAGGCUUGAUCAAUAUUUCUAUUAUUAUAAACUAUGAAUCAGCACCAAAUACACUGUAACAAGUACAUUGUGAUAUAUGUGUGUUAUGCAUACGCUGAUGUACUUAAGUAUUAAUAUCUACUUAAUAAGUUAAACCAUCUAUUUUUCACAUCUCUUUUUCAAAUCAACUUGUAAUUAUCCGUGACAUAAUUCAGUUGUGCAUCGUGUAUAAAUAUUUUAUUUUUUUUCGGCUUCAAAAAAAUAAAUGUCAAGGAUAUUCAAAAUAUAUAUAAUCAUGAUUAUCAUUAUUUUGUUACAUUUAGGCACAGUUCAUGCACAGUAUUGAUAUCAUAUUCUGAAAUAGAUUUAAGUAUCACAAAAAUAUGCAUGGGGAUAAUAAAUCAGGUUUUUUUCUUCAUAGAAAUGAAUACAUUUCUUUUAGAAGUUUGCAUGUAUUAUGCCAUAUGUACAUAGUGAUCUUUGUACAGAGUGACAUGCAUAAUGCUGAAUUGUGAGGUUAAGACAACUUUUGACAAAUGUAAAUUAAGUAAUACCAUUUCCAAGUUCCAAGCUGCUAUAUAUGAUUAUGUAGAUUAGAAAAUAAAUGAGAUGUUAAAUGAACAGUUUAAAUUUUGACAACAUCAGAA